UUUAAGAAUCACUAAGCACUCCAUACGUGGCAAUUUUGUAUUAGCUAUUCAAAAGGGAAAAAAAUCUCAUCUCUCUCUUCCGUUCUUCUUUCUCUUUUUGCCAAGAACACGUAAAAGAGUUGAAGCUGUUCGUCGUGCUGAUGGAAGCGCUUUUGAGAAAUGUGAAGAAUGUAGAGUUAUGAUCGCGAUUACUCUGUUUGAUAUGCACGAGUGCGGAGAGAAAGGAAGGGAAGUGAAGAGAUUCAAUUGCAUUUCGAGUGGAAAGAUCGAUGAUGAUAUAUCGAAACCAAGCUUUGAAGAUGAACCUAGAUCACCUUUUGUCUUCUUCUUAGAGGAUUUUAGGAAAAGCUACGAUGGGAACAUGGUUGAUGCUAGCAGAAUAUGUUUCAUUGUGUGGAAGAACAUGUCAGAAGAGGUGAUUUCUCGAUGUGUUAAACACGGACUAUCUCUACCGGUGUUCAAGAAUCUGGUUGGCUUAUCUUUUCGGGGUGACAACAAACGAUGCUGGAAUCUGCUGCCUUACCUUAUUUUCCUUCCUUCAUGUUUCAGGCCCUAUUGAAGAAGACGCUGGCUUGAGAGAUUUAAUCAGCUGGCUUCCUGAAGAGGUUCUAGGCAGCACCUUGUCCUUACUUCCGACGAAACAAGCCGCAUCAACAUCUGUACUUGCUAAAAAGUGGAGGCAUGUGUGAUGAUGGUAAUAUAUUGCAAACUCAUGGCGCUCGUUGGAGCUGCAGCAUCCAAGUGCUAGACCGAUUUCGUUUCUUACUUCUAGCUAGACUUUCAUCAUAAACUUUUGUUUUUGUUAAACGUAGGCAAGAUCAUGAUGUGAAUCACUCAGUGUGCUAGUUUGCACCACUUACAAAUCAUGGCAAAACUACUUUACUACAGUUAAUUAUGUUCAAAUACAUUAUUUAGUUUAAAACCAUUUCUCUUU